AAAGGCAUACAAUAUUUCCAUGGAAGAACAAAAACAUUCCCUUAUCAGCACAAAACAAGAACUUCCCCCCAUAGUGGCCAUGAUGCCAAGCCCAGGAAUGGGACAUCUCAUCCCAAUGAUUGAGUUCGCAAAGAGACUCACUCGCCACCACAACCUCCACGUCAAGUUCUUCAUACCCACCAGCACCCCUCCGACAAAGCCCCAAAUCACCCUCUUCAGCUCCUUGUCACGUGCCAUUUCGCAUGUGUUCCUCCCCCAAGUCUCUCUCUCAGACCUUCCACCCAACACCAAAAUCGAAACCCUAAUCUUCCUCACCGUCCUCCGCUCUCUCCCUUCUCUCCGCCACUCCCUCGUCGCCACCCACCAUGUCACCGCCCUCAUCGUCGACCCCUUCUGCACCGACGUCUUCGACGUCGCCGGAGAACUCAACAUCCCCUCUUACAUCUUUUUCACCUCUACGGCCAUGGCUUUGUCCUUCGUCUUUUACCUACCCCGACUCGACCAAGAAGUUCAUAGCGAGUUCAGGGACCUCCCUGAACCGGUUCACAUCCCCGGUUGCAUUCCCAUUCACGGUAAAGACUUGAUGGACCCGGUUCAAGACCGAAACGACGACACCUAUAACUUGCUCCUCAGUAACUGCAAGCGGUUCAGUUUGGCCAAAGGAAUCAUAGCCAACAGUUUUGCCGAGCUUGAACCCCAAGUUAUUAAGUUGUUGCUAAAGGAAGAACCGGGUAGACCGCCGGUUUAUCCGGUCGGACCGCUAGUUAAUAAAGACAUUGCUCAAACCGAGGAUAAGUGCUUAUGUUUGAAGUGGUUGGAUGAGCAGCCACGUGGCACUGUUGUGUUUGUGUGUUUUGGCAGCGGUGGAACCCUGUCCCGUGCUCAAACAGAAGAACUUGCUUUGGGGUUGGAAAUGAGUGAGAAAAGGUUCUUGUGGGUUGCGAAGUGCCCCAAUGAUUACAUUCCCAAUGCUUCUUAUUUGACUGUGGAUUCUGACCCUGACCCUCUUGAUUUCUUGCCAAAUGGGUUUCUGGAGAGGAACAAAGGGAGGAGCCUGGUGGUGCCGAAUUGGGCCCCACAGGCCCAAGUCCUGAGUCAUGGAUCCACCGGUGGGUUUGUGAGCCAUUGCGGUUGGAACUCAAUCCUUGAGAGUGUGUUGAAUGGGGUGCCAUUAGUGGCUUGGCCACUCUAUGCGGAGCAGAAGAUGAAUGCUGUUUUGGUCACAGAAGACAUAAAAGUGGCUCUUAGACCAAAGGUUUGUGAGAGUGGAUUGGUGGAAAGAGAAGAAAUAGCGAGUGUUGUGAAGAAGCUUAUGGAAGGAGAGGAAGGGAAGAAGCUUCUUCACCGUAUGAAAGAGCUUAAGGUGGCAGCUGCAAGAACUUUUGGUGAAAAUGGUUCUUCAACCAAGCAAAUUUCUCAGUUGGCUCUAAAGUGGAAGGACGAAACAACAGCAUGCAUAAUCUAAUUGAAGUUGCUACUUAUUUCUUGUUGGAUACUGUAAAAUAAUUUUCUCCAACGUUGUAUUUCUCAAUAAUGUGUUGAAUAAAUACAUGAAGUU